AUGCCUCUUUUUGGCCGCAAUACCCACAGUCGCCACCAUCGCGCCUUUUAUCGACGCGAUCCCGACCGAGUUGCUGGUGGAUACAAAGCCGCACUCGCCAAUCCGAAUACCACUCGACAAGGCCGUAAGCAUGCGAAAGCAGAGCUUCACGCAAUGGGUCGGUCCUCCCAUGUCUCUUUCAUGACCAAGGUCAGGCGGGCACUGGGUAUCCGCAAAACUCCUCGCCACCAGAGAGCAGAAGCUCGGCGUGAAUACGAGACAUCUCAUCGUCGUAAGCGUGGUCGCCGUCGCAGAGAGUACGCAUAUUGA